AGCGUGCUGACUUCGCCCGCCACUGGGCGCCCACCGCGUACGUUUCGAGAAGUGUUCAACGUUUGGCAGCGAGCAGCUGUGUCCCUGACCCGCCUCACAACUUUUGUUAGAGCAAACGCAGCGUCGACAACUGCCCGCCGUUCGUGAAGAAUGCCAAGAUGAGCUUCGCUUCGCAUCCAGUGAAUCAGUGUCCGGGAUAAAUCAACUAUGUGUGCGAAAACCACUCAAGAACACACUGUGCAUUGGUUCAGAAGGGGACUUCGUCUACAUGACAACCCUAGUCUGCGUGCGGGACUCAUAGGUGCGACGACAUUUCGGUGUAUUUUCAUCCUGGAUCCUUGGUUCGCGGGUUCAUCUAAUGUCGGCAUUAACAAGUGGAGGUUUCUUCUCCAGUGUCUCGAAGACCUCGAUUCUAGCUUGCGGAAGCUCAAUUCUCGGCUGUUCGUCAUUAGAGGGCAGCCAGCUGAUGCCCUUCCAAAAUUGUUUAAGCAGGAAUGGGGGACAACAAACUUGACCUUUGAGGAAGAUCCUGAACCAUUUGGAAAAGUGCGUGAUCAGAACAUAAUGGCAAUGUGCAGAGAAAUGGGAAUCUCAGUAAUUUCCAUAGCUUCACACACACUGUACAGUCUUGAUACGAUCAUUGAAAAAAAUGGAGGGAAAGCACCUUUAACUUACCACCAGUUUCAAAAUAUAGUGGCUUCCAUGGACUCACCACCUCCAGCUGAACCCAGUAUCACACCAGCAUGUGUGAAAGAUAAAUUUACCCCUAUUUCUGAUGACCAUGACGAACGAUUUGGUGUUCCUACCUUAGAGGAAUUAGGUUUUGAUACUGAUGGCUUGAUGCCUCCUGUGUGGCAGGGAGGAGAAUCUGAGGCACUUGCGAGGCUGGAAAGGCACCUCGAAAGAAAGGCAUGGGUGGCAUCCUUUGGAAGACCAAGAAUGACAUCACAGUCAUUGCUUGCCAGUCAGACAGGUCUCAGUCCGUAUUUAAGAUUUGGCUGUUUGUCUACAAGGCUUUUCUAUUACCAGCUUACUGAUCUUUAUAAAAAGAUAAAAAAGGCAUGCCCGCCUCUUUCUUUACAUGGACAGCUGUUAUGGCGGGAAUUUUUUUACUGUGCAGCAACAAAAAAUCCAUAUUUUGAUAAAAUGUAUGGAAACCCAAUAUGUGUACAAAUUCCAUGGGACAGGAAUCCAGAAGCACUUGCCAAGUGGGCCACAGGCCAAACAGGUUAUCCGUGGAUUGAUGCUAUAAUGAUACAGUUGCGUGAAGAAGGUUGGAUACAUUAUUUAGCUAGGCAUGCUGUGGCGUGUUUCCUUACACGAGGAGAUUUGUGGAUUUCAUGGGAAGAAGGCAUGAAGGUGUUUGAUGAACUACUGCUUGAUGCUGACUGGUCUGUUAAUGCUGGAAUGUGGAUGUGGCUGUCUUGCUCAUCCUUCUUUCAGCAGUUCUUCCAUUGUUAUUGUCCUGUCCGGUUUGGUCGCAAGGCAGAUCCAAAUGGGGACUUCAUAAGGAAGUACCUGCCCAUUUUGAAGAACUUUCCAACACGGUACAUCCAUGAACCUUGGAAAGCCCCUGAAUCAGUACAGAUAACAGCGAAGUGCAUCAUUGGGAAGGAGUUUCCUUUGCCUAUAGUGGAUCAUCAAUACGCAAGUCGAAUAAACAUAGAACGAAUGAAGCAAGUGUAUCAACAGUUAAGCAGAUAUCGAGGUCCAGGCAAGGAAGAUAUUACUUCAAGCGCGUGUAAGGUUUUAGGUCUUUUGGCAACAGUUCCUACAAUCCGAUCACCUUCAGUUAAGGGCGGUCAAUACGACGGCAAAGAGGACAAAACUACACCAGAAAACAGGAUAGUGAGUGCAAACAAUGAUUGCAGUAUGUAUGUUGAAACUCAACAGCAGAUGACACCGCAAGAAACUAAAUGUGACUGGGAGUUUUGCAGGAGAAACAUGUGAUUCUUUACAUUGGCAGUAACCAGUGAAAUCCCAUAAAACUAAUGUGUUAUGAAACAGAAGUCUUUCAUUAGUAUGCCUUACAGGAAGUGUUGGGUGCACAUUUUAAGAAGUUAAAUUAUAGUCUGUGAUAAUGUACUAAAUGUGAGGACAUAUGUGGGAAAUAAUCUGUAUAAAAUGAGACAUUUCACUGAAUUCCAGUCAUUGUAUAUAGAGUGUAAAUAUAUCACAAAUUUUUCAUUUUUUAACUAAAACUAUUUUUAAAAUGUUUCCAGUGAUGCGAGAUUUUUCUGUCUUGAUUUGUUACUCAUGUUCAUUUCUCACAAUGUUAAUUGUAGCAAUUUUGCUUUUAUAAAGCAACAUUAUGAUUUACCUUUUAUUGUAUGUGUUUUCUACCAGUAGUCAUAGCAUUUACUGUGACUGUCUUUCCAAUAUACUAUGAAAUUAUUUUCUACAUAUUUUCUUAUUUGAAUCAUAUUAUGCACAGGGAAAUCAUCUCAUAUUUUAAAAUAUGCAAAGAAAGUAACAUUUAGUCAUUAAAUUGUCAUAAUCAUAAUGGAAAAUUCCUCAUACAGUACAAUGUAAUGUGCCUAGAAAAGAAUUCAUUGUAUACAGGAACUGUUGAGCAGUAGCUUAUUUAUUUAUUGUAUUUUUUGCAUGGAGCCACCAACUGAUGGCUUUUGCAAACUCCAUUGCAAUUUUUUACAUGUUUUGUACAAACAGAGAAUACACACAUUUUAUAUAUGCAUAAUACAGAUGUCAGUGUACUUAAUAAGACCACAAAAUUGUGUGAUACACCAUAAUUAUUAUAUAUAUUCAGAUUUUACAGAACAGAAUAUAAAAAGAUUUCAAUUUAGUUUAAUAUUAAUAUUCAUUCAGGGAGUAUAUGCACUUAUCUAUCAGGAAUGAUUUCAGUUCCCUUUGUGACAAAGAACUAGGCAGUUUGUAAUAACAUAUCUGGACAUUAAUGCAUGGACCAUCACUUAUUGUUUUUAGUUUAGUUGUUUGUCUGUAAAAGCAGUCUUUCCUUUUUUAUAUUGUAGACAUGCAUAUCAGAGCACUUGGUUGCAGUGUUUUGAUGUGUCACAAAAAAUGUAAUUAAUUUGUAAAGAUACAACAAGUAAACUGUGGUCAUGCGUUAUGUACGGAAAUUUCCCUGCAGGGGUCUCUGUACCCUAGUCCAUGGAUACUCCUGACCCCUCUUUCCUGUGGGGUUAGUAUUCUUCUCUUAUGUAUGUCAGCAGCACAGUCCCAUGUCUCUAUUCCAGAAUUAAUCAGUGCAAAAAUUGUCCCAUAAUAAAUUGCUUAUAAUGUCUUAUUAGAGACUACUUUUGAUGAUUGGCUAAUUAGG